AUCAAUAUCUUUUGCGGCGCAUGAGAUGUUACUUGCUGGAUGUCAGCUGUAUUUUAUUGAUCCAAGAAGUCACAAUAUGGUACAAUUUGUACAUAUGAUGCAGGGCAGUUUGAUGAUGUGCGCUAAUCUGGGGGCGUGUAUGUAACUUGUCAGUUCAUAAGCACGUUUAGUAAAGGAUAUAUUGAUAUUGGACGAUUUUAUGGUACACUGAAAGUAGUGUGAAUUUUCCAGUGGAUAUCUCACGCAGUGUGCCGGGAUCGCUUUGGGCAGACGAGAAUAUCUGCGCCGCGCCUUGAAAUGUGUUGUCAAAAAAGUAUUUUUUGAAGUGCCUGUACACGUUAGAAAAGUAGAUCUCUUGCACAGAUAUGCUUAUUUAUAAACAUUGGUGCUUGUAACAUGUCAUUGAAUCUGAUGGAUGAUCCUCCACUUAGCAUAAACGAUCUUCCAAAUGAAAUUUUGUUGCAGAUCUUUUUUUAUCUUUCUGUUGAAGAUAUAGCACUUAAUGUUCAAUUUGUUUGCAGUCGUUGGUCUGAAGUGUGUUCAAAUGAUGUACUGUGGAAGAACAGCUGUUUAAGUGUAGAGGGAAGUGCAUCCAUUCAGUAUGUUGUGUCACUGUUAAAAAAAGUUCCAAAAUUGCAGUGUUUUUGUAUCUGGUUUAGAUCAUCAGGAGAAGUUCUUAACAGAUUAGCAGAAUUCUGCAAAGAUUUGCGUAAAUUAGACUUCUGCGUGCCUCAGCUUGAGUUACCUUAUGAAGCAUUCAAGAAUCUUGUUUCAGAAUGUCCGAAACUGGAGGAAAUUACUAUCCCAGGAUCUGCACUAGUAAGAGAAGAAUUGGCAGAGCUUGUGGGCCAAUGGGAGUACCUGAGUGACAUUUACCUUAUAGGUAGAUCAGACAAACCCAUUGCACUGAAGUAUUUAGCAGAGGGCUGCCCAGCAUUACAGCAUUUACACAUGCGUUAUGUUGUGUGCAAUUUUACUGAACUAGAAUAUUUCUUAGAGAAAAAGAAGAACAAACUACUGACUUUAAGCAUUAGUCCACUCACUCAAGAUGGCAGAUGUGUGAUUCCUCUCCUCGACAUUUGUAAGGACAGGCUGGAAAAACUGCAGUUAGAAGACAGCAAAUAUUGCUACAUUGAGUCACACAAUUUUGGUAUCAUAAAAACACUGAAAAACUUGAAGGCCCUGAGCAUAAAAAUUCCUCGUGGUGUAAGAACAGAUGUGAUGUCAAGUAUUUUUGAAGAAAAGGCAUUGUCUCAGUUACAAGAACUUGAACUAAACAAUUAUGCAGAAAUAAAUGAUGCUCUGGUUAACACUAUUUGUAGUAACUGCCCAAAUCUCUUGAGAUUGGCUCUAAGAUAUUCAACACGUAUUAGUGAUGAUGCAAUGAGGAAUCUACACAAAUGCAAGAACUUGGAAGAUUUAGAUUUGUAUUAUUGCACAGAACUUACAGAUGUCUCUGUGGACUUUGUUUUAAAGUGUAGUAAAUUGAAGUACCUCAAUCUUGGUUUCUGCAAACUAACAGAGAAAAGCUUAACACGUCUUAUAGUUCUGACUGAACUUAGAGAACUGAUUCUUGAUGCAAUUAAUGUUGCAAGUCUUCCCUUGCACAUUUUUCCUCAACAUUUGACGAACCUCAGAGAGCUUAAACUUGAUUACUGUAUGAACAUUGAUAAUGAAGCACUAGCUAUUCUCUGUGUUGAAAUGCCUCAUUUAAGAGUGUCAACAAAACAAGCUGAACUGUGUCCUUGACUGCUUCAUAUUCUUAUAUCAUUAUUAAAAAGCUUUGCUAAAAACAGUGACAUUUCUUUGCUGUGAAUAUUGUAUUUAUCACUUAUAAUAUUGUUUUCAUGUCAGUUACAGAUAUUUUAAGUGUAAUGAAAUAAUAAAAGUGUUUAUAUUAUCUGU